AUGGGUGGAAGAGUGGAGGUGAUAAACAAGAAGGGAUGUUCAGGGCGGUUUCUUGAAUUCUCUUCUUCAUUCCGAGGGUUUCAAUCGUAUUCCUUUGAGCCCACUUCCCCUGCUUCCUCUGCCUCUGCACUUCCCGAAUCGCCGGUGAAAACAGUUAAUUGCCCAUUUUCUGGCCUUGUUAUUUGCGUUACAGGGCUCUCCAAAGAAGCUAGGAAGCAAGUGAAGGAAGCAACAGAGAGAUUGGGAGGUCAAUAUAGCCCUCACCUCCAUCCGCAUUGCACCCAUUUGGUGGUUCAGAGUUUUCAUGGACACAAAUUCGAGCAUGCUUUGAGACACGGACCAACAAAUGGUCUGUUAUUGGUUACAAUUGGCUGGUUUGUUGAUAGCAUCAGAAGGAAAGUAAGGUUGAGUGAAUCCCUUUAUAGCAUUAGUGUCGGAAAAGUGGAUGGUUUGAGCUGGAAUGUUCAGAAUGCUAGUAUUGAGAAUUCUUGCCUUCCCACUGGCACGCUUGAGUAUGCUAAGCAACUUGACAUGACUGGAGGACGGCAAUCACACUUUUCGAAAGGAGAGCCUAAAAUGACAGUUUCUUUGCCCGUUGUUGGUCAAUCCUUUUACAUUGACCCAGACAUAUCUGCCGAGCUACACAAUAAGGUUGUUGAGGCUGUCUCUACACAAGGUGCUACUUUGGUGGAUCAAUGGUUUGUUGGCUGCAGAGCUAGUUAUGUAGUAUGCGAAGGAUCUUCAAUUCAAAAAUAUUUGGGGCACUCCAGUAACAUUGUUACACCACUAUGGGUUCUGAAGACUGCAAAAGAAAAACAUCAACAGAGGCUUGUUCACUUAUCUGCUGAUUUGGCUAGGAAUAUUGGAACAAUACUUGAUACUGUUCAAAACAGCAUUCCUGGUGAGGAAGUUAAUGGGUUCACUGGUCCUCAAGGUGCACCUGGUUCUGAAAUUAAAGUAAGCCAUGAAGAGAGAAAAAAAAUUGCAGACUUGGCUAAAGAUGGGAUCAGAAAGCGACGGGGUAACCGGAUGCAGACAUGUCAAAUUCCAAUACGUCCCAUAACGCCAAGCAGCCUUUUGGAUUCUAUCAGCUGGUCAAUAUCUGAGCCAACUUCCACUGCUUCUAUCUAUACAGACUCUUCAAGUUUUGAGAAUGCCGACGAAGAGAGCACGACUGUAUUGUUUGAUGCAAAGGGGAAUGGUAAAGAAUUGGAGGCUUCAUUUGUCAACUUAUCCCGACCACUUACAGAAAGUGAAAAGUCCGAGUUGAUAUUCAAAAGUCACUUCCUCACUUUGCUGUUUCCGAUUGAUCGUUUUUCAGAGAUGGGCCCGAGAUCAAGGACAUUCUUUAGUGACAAAGGCUUUACGUGUUUGCAGGUGUUGGAUCAUAUCUAUACAUUUUACCAGGAGAAUAUGUUGACUGAGGAAAUAGAGGUAGCUAUUCACACAGACUCGAGGCAUGCUGACCGGCUUCGAGCAGCAUACUCCAGUAAACAAAAUACCGUGGAAUUUAAGCGCAUUGAUUUUCUUGGCAGUCGUAAAAGUUUUGAAAUGUUGAAACGCGUUUCGGGUGAUAACAAUAGUAAUGUUUACGAGCUAUUGAUAAGAGCAUGA